UGUGCUGUGUCCCUCGGACACAGCAGAUCACCGAUCAACAGAAAGAGCCAAAGAUGUCGGCUCGGUCAUGUGAUCAGCUGUGUCCAAUCAUAGCUGAUCACAUGGGACAUCUACACAGAUCAUCAUAGCACUGAUGAUCAGUGUGCCCUGAUGAUCUGUGUAGCCCCAGCAGUGCCACCUGUCAGUGUCCAUCAGUGCCAGCUGUCAGUGCUCAUCCAUGCCACCUGCCAGUGCCCAUCAGUGACACAUCAGUGCCACAUUUCAGUGCCUACCAGUGCACAUCAAUGCCACAUAUCAGUGCCCAUCUGAGCUGCCUUUCAGUGUCAACCAUCAGUGCCAGUCAGUGCCGCCUAUCAGUGUGCAUCAGUGA